GAGAACAUUUUAAACCUUUUUUCAUCUCUCCCCCAUAAGAUUGUGCAAAAGCUUACCUUGACUAAUUCAAGUCGUUUCAUUGGAUUUUGAUCACAACUGAUUAUUUGUUUUUCCAUGUGAAGUCUUGGGGUUUCGAACUUUCCUUCUGGAGAAUGCCUCUGAAAACAGUUUGCUCUAGCCGCCUGAUGUCAACUGCUUGGUAAUCAGUGGAUAUCGAAAUACUCAAAAUGUACAGACAGUGGGCAGUGGUGAAUAUUUUCAUGAUGUCUUAUCUGCAGUUGGUGGAGAGCUCCAGUUAUGAACAUGGACCAGUGAAGCGGGCCUCUCGGUCAAUGUCAGAACGCUCAGAAGAGCAGAUUCGGGCGGCAUCUGGUUUGGAGGAAUUGCUCCGAAUCACCCAUUUUGAUGACUGGAAGCUGUGGCGAUGCAGACUGAAGCUCAAAAGUUUUCCCAGCGCGGACGCUCGCUCAGCGUCCCACCGGUCCACCAGGUUUGCGGCAACUUUCUAUGACGUGGAAACACUCAAAGUUAUAGAUGAGGAGUGGCAGCGAACCCAGUGCAGCCCCCGGGAGACGUGUGUGGAGGUGGCCAGCGAGCUGGGAAGAAGCACCAACACAUUCUUCAAGCCGCCCUGCGUGAGCGUGUUCCGCUGUGGUGGCUGCUGCAAUGACGAGAGCCUCGUGUGUGUGAACACCAGCACCUCCUAUGUUUCCAAACAGCUCUUUGAGAUAUCUGUACCUUUGACUUCGGUGCCUGAGUUAGUGCCUGUUAAGGUCGCCAACCAUACAGGCUGUAAGUGUUUGCCAACAGCUCCCCGCCAUCCAUUCUCGAUUAUCAGACGAUCCAUCCAGAUCCCAGAAGAAGAUCUCUGUUCCCAUUCCAAGAAACUCUGUCCUAUUGACAUGCUCUGGGAUAACAACAUAUGUAAAUGUGUUUUACAGGAGGAGAACCCACUCACUGGAAUGGAAGAUCCCCCUUAUCUCCAGGAACUGGCUCUCUGUGGGCCUCACAUGAAGUUCGACGAAGAUCGUUGCGAGUGCAUCUGUAAAACACCGUGUCCCCAAGAUCUCAUCCAGCACCCAGAAAACUGCAGUUGCAUCGAGUGCAGAGAAAGUCUGGAGAGCUGCUGCCAGAAGCACAAGAUCGUUCACCCAGAUACGUGCAGGUGAAUGGUAUCUUCAUGUUCACUUCAGCUAGAUCCGUUGACAUUUAACGUCACUGCCAGUUUGAUUCACUGCGGUCCCUCAUUAAGCGAUAUCGUUGAGUGUCCAAGCAUGUAUCUGCCGGUGAAACAGAUGAAUGAGCAACUAAAGAAUAAAGGAGUCUCUAUAGAAUGAUGAUAAAUAAUGACAGCAGGAAAAUCCUCAUACUUUUGAAAUACCUUAUGAUUUUACUCUUAUGUGGAAUAUAAAGAAACAAAGCCAGCAAACCAACAAAACAACAGCCUCUUAGAACAGAUUGGUGGUUACCCAAGGGGAAUGGCGUUCAGAGGGGGGUGAAAUGGAUACAGAGGGCCAGUGGGAAGGUGUUAGAUAGAAACUAGACUCUUGGUGGUGAGCAUGGUUUAACUUACACAGAUGUCCAGUUAUAACAUGGAGCACCUGAAUCUUACAUAAUGUUAUA